UUUUCCUGGUCGGUCUCCAUCAGAAGCAGUCUGCUCUGCAGGGUCACAUUUGGCGGUCACUGUUGGAGGGACCACUGGGUUUACGCAUAUGGGUUGGAUUUUCUACUGCAGAUUAUUGUUGCUUUGGAAAGCUAGAACGUCAGAGCUCGGCGAGAGGACCUUGAACGUCCCGUGGUGCCGGGGCGUGUGGGCUCGGCUCCUCAAGCUUCACUCGGCGGGAGCGAGGCGGCUCGAAAAGACGGCCGCUGAAAGACGUCAACGAGCUGAACAGAGCCUAACGGACAACCAGGACAUGCUCCGCGACUUGUGAGGACGAAUAACAACCCACCGGGACGCCAAGAUGACGGUGGAGUUUGAGGAGUGUGUCAAAGAUUCGCCCCGCUUCAGGGCAAAUAUCGAGGAAGUGGAGACAGAGGUGGUGGAGAUUGAGGCAAAACUCGACAAGUUGGUGAAGCUUUGUGGCGGCAUGAUAGACGCAGGGAAGGCGUACGUCAGCGCCAACAGACUUUUCAUUAACGGCAUCCGGGAUCUGUCACAGCAGUGCAAGAAGGAUGAAAUGAUCUCGGAGUGCCUGGAAAAGUGUGGUGAAAGUCUUCAGGAAAUCAUCAACUACCACAUCAUGCUGUUCGAUCAAGCUCAGCAUUCAGUCAAGCAACAGUUGCAGCACUUUGUCAAAGAGGACGUGCGCAAGUUCAAGGAGACCAAGAAGCACUUUGAGCGUGUGCGUGAGGACAUGGAGAUCGCACAGGUGAAGAACGCGCAGGCGCCCAGAAACAAAGCUCACGAGGUAGAGGAAGCUACUUGCGCGCUCAGCGUCUCGCGAAAGUGCUUCCGUCAUCUGGCCUUGGACUACGUUCUACAGAUCAACGUUCUUCAGGCCAAGAAGAAAUUUGAGAUCCUGGAUGCAAUGCUGUCCUUCAUGCAUGCCCAGUACUCCUUGUUCCAGCAGGGCUACAAGCGCCUGGAAGAGGUGGAUCCCUACAUGAAGAAGCUGGCGGCCGAUGUGGAUCAGCUGGUGAUCGACUCGGCCAUGGAGAAGAGAGAGUUGGAGCACAAACACGCGACCAUCCAGCAGAGGACGCUCAUGCAGGACUUCGCCUAUGAAGAUUCCAAAGCUGAGUUCAACGUGGACUCGCCCAAUGGCGUGGUGAUGGAAGGAUACUUGUUCAAGAGGGCCAGCAACGCCUUCAAGACAUGGAACAGACGCUGGUUCUCCAUCCAGAGCAGCCAGCUGGUUUAUCAAAAGAAGCUCAAGGACUCUCUGACGGUGGUGGUGGAUGACCUACGUCUGUGUUCCGUCAAACCCUGCGAGGACAUCGAGAGGAGGUUCUGCUUCGAGGUGGUCUCCCCGACCAAGAGCUGCAUGCUGCAGGCUGACUCGGAGAGGCUCAGACAAGCUUGGAUUCAGGCGGUCCAAGCCAGCAUCGCCUCGGCCUUCAGGGAGAGUCCUGACAGCUUCCACAGCGAGCACCUGGACAGAGCGGCCUCACCGUCCUCCAGCAGCAUCGACUCGGCCAGCGAGUCGCGAGAGGGCGGCGGCCGUGAUGAGAGCAUCCUGCAGAGGAUCCUGUGCCAGCCGGGCAACCAGCAGUGCUGCGACUGUGGCCAAGCAGAUCCUCGUUGGGCGUCUAUCAAUUUGGGGAUUCUGCUGUGCAUUGAGUGCUCCGGCAUCCACAGAAGUCUCGGUGUUCAUUGCUCCAAAGUGCGCUCACUCACGCUGGACUCGUGGGAACCGGAGUUAUUAAAGCUGAUGUGCGAGCUGGGCAACGGCGUCAUCAAGCACAUCUACGAGGGCUCGUAUCACGAAGGACAAGGUGCUAGGAAACCGACGGCGACCAGUUCCAGGCAGGAGAAGGAGGCCUGGAUUAAGGGCAAGUAUGUGGAGAAAAAGUUUGUGAAGAAGAUGACCGCCACGCCGAGUUUAGUCAACGGCGACAGGAAGUCGACGCGGCGCUGGAACGUUCAGAAGUGUCGCAGGCACAACAGCGCCACCACGGUACCAAAGACAUGGCGGAGGUACCGACAGGAGCCACGGAGCACUUCUCCGUCCAGCCUCUCCUCAGUUGCUUCCAAGUCUCGAAGAGAGUCCUUGUUUUGUCCCGAUGAGCUGGACUCCCUUUUCUCCUACUUCCACACAGGCUCUGGACCUCGAAGCCUCAGCAGCGAUAGCGGUUUGGGCAGCACCGACGGUAGCACCGACGUUUUGGUCAUGGGACCAGCAGUGGACAGCGUGACGGAGGAAGAGUGCGAGGCGUCCGAGGACUCGAGCGGCGAGGCCGAGCUGGACACGUCGGACCCGGAGGACGGCAGGUACCUCCACCCCGGGGCGCUCCUGUACAGAGCCGCCAAAGCUCGCAACCUGCCCGUCAUGGCCGAAGCGCUGGCCCACGGCGCCGACGUCAAUAUGGUAAACAAGGACGACGAGGAGAAGACGCCCCUCAUACAGGCUGUGAUUGGGGGUUCCUUGCUAGCCUGCGAGUUCCUGCUCCAAAACGCCGCUGAUGUCAAUCAAAGAGACGCGAGAGGGCGGGGUCCCCUGCAUCAUGCCACCUACCUGGGCCACACGGGGCAGGUGUGUUUAUUCCUAAAAAGGGGCGCCGCCCAGGGCAACGGUGACGAGGACGGCCGUGACCCGUUGAGCAUCGCGGUGCAGCAAGCCAACGCCGACAUCGUCACACUGUUGCGACUGGCCAGGAUGAACGAGGAGAUGCGCGCGUCGGAAGGAGGCUUCGCCCAAGCAGGUCAAGGCAGUGAGCGGCAGUACAAGCGAUGCAUUCACAACUUCAUUUGCUUAAAUAUCAGGACGUCAGGCUCCACAGUGUUGAGUGGUUUGACAACAACUCCUGUUUACAUGGAUGUAGCUUCACUUAGCCUAGCUUAGCUUUGACAUUGUGAUUUUCACAAUUUAAGUGCUCCUAGUCAUCUUAAAGUUGACAUUUUAUGGAAAAUAGUUUUGUGGGGAGGCGUCAAAGUCGAAAUGUAAGCAGACCUGCAGUGUUAGCACAGAUUAGCAUUAGCUAAAAGCAUUGCCAGCGUUAGCUUCUGAAAAUAUUGUUCUAACGUUCGACUAGGUUGUCGACGUGGGGCCGGGGGCCCAUGUCAUUUGCUGUAUUCUAGAGAUUCCAGUGCAUGAAUGUUCGCUAGUGGUUGCAGCAUUUCAUCACCAAGCUGCAGCCGAAUUACGCUUGUCAAUUAAUGGAGUGGUGUGAUGCAUGACAUGACCAAGCACAAUUUUCGGUGCUAUGUCCUAUUUAUUUAAUCAAUCAAUCAAAAUAAUUCUUAACAAUCUCGUAGUAGUAGUAGUGAGCAAUGUGCUCUUUUGCAGGAUGUUCGUUUGAACAAUAGAGAUGCAAUUUUUUUAGAUAUAUUUUUGUUUACAUUUUAUUUUCCUGACCACACACACACACACACACCUCUAUGCUAUUGUGAUGACACAUAAAUAUACACAUACAGUGCGUACUGUGUUUAAAUGUCAAGUCUCAUCAGGAAGCUGUUGGAUUCACAGUUAUAAUUCAAUAUUUAACAUAAAAGCAGCUGGGCAUGAAACGACUAGGACCAUACAGUAUCUUUUUGUUUGUUUUUUAACCUCCCUUAUGCAAAUCUCAACAAACGCAUUCAUGAAUUUUGAUUUCAAAUCAUUCACGAUCACAGAGUUAAUCAGGAAAGCCUACAGAGUGUUGUGUACACGAAAAUGUUUUUAACGCUUCAUCUUUCUGCUCCUAACUCCGUGCUGUCUAGCUUUCUUGUUAAAAUUAGCUUUGCUUUUUAACCCAAGAUCGUGGAAAUAAACAAAUGUGACUAACUUCUUUGUGGUCCUUCACACUGUUACUGUUUCUAACAACUUUCAACUGCACUCAUCACCAAAUUAAAUAACCUUUUACUGAACCUACAAAAAGGUUGUGUUUGUGUGCGUGUAUUCAUGUUACUAAUCAGAAUCAUCUUUAUUUGCCAAGUAUGUCCAAAAAACACACACAAGGAAUUUGUCUCCGGGAGUUGGAGCCGCUCCAGUACGACAACAGACAGUCAAUGGACAGAGAACACUUCGGAGACAGAAAGACAUUGACAAAAAAAACAGUCACUGAGCAAUAAAGGGUUAAUAGCUAUCUGGUAAUGCCGGUACUUUUUUUUUUGGGACAAUUGUGCAAAAAGAUGCAGAGUCCUCUAGCACUUAGAGCAGUUCGAAUGACUAAUAUUGCAAUAGUCCGGCAAUGACCAUUGUGCAAAGGGUGCCGACACUUCAAGGAGUGGAUGCGGUUUAAAGUGACGAGUCGUGCGAUCAUCUGGGACAAUGUUGAUUGUGCAAAUGGAGCUGAUGCUACUCUGGCAUGAGUGGCCAGUAUUGGUCAACUACAGAUAUGCAAAUAGUGCAGCGUGGCGAGACUAUGUGACAACGAACUCAAGUCAAAACAUUGCCAGCAUGUUGCAAUGGAAUUGUAGGUUAGCUGUUUAAGAAGUUGAUUGCAAGAGGGAAGAAGCUGUCGGAAUGUCUGCUCGUUCUAGUUUGCAUUGAUCGGUAGCGCCCACCCGAGGGAAGGUGACCGGGAUGCCGAGGGUCAGAGAGGAUUUUCGACGCUCUUGUCUUAGUUCUGGCAGCGUGCAAGUCCUCGAGGGCGGGUAGGGGGGUACCGACAAUCUUUUCAGCAGUUUUGAUUGUCCGUCGCAGUCGGAAUUUGUCCUUUCUUGUAGCAGCACCAAACCAGACCGUGAUGGAAGAACACGGGACCGAUUCGAUGACCGCUGUGUAGAACCGUCUCAGCGGCUCCCGUGGCAGGCCGUGCUUCCUCAGAAGCCGCAGGAAGUACAUCCUCCGCUGGGCCUUUUUGAGGACGGAGUUGAUGUCGGUCUCCCACUUCAGGUCCUGAGAGACUGUCAUUCCCAAGAACUCGAAGGUCUCGACGGUUGACACAAGGCAGCUGGACAGCGUGAGGCAGCUGUGGCGAAGGAUGCCUCCUGAAGUUCACGAGCAUCUCUACAGUCUCGAGCGUGUUCGGGUCCGGGUCGCGGGAAGCGGAGCGGCCGCUCCGCUUCCCGUCGAUAUGCAGACUCGUCACCGUCCUCGAUGAGGCCGAUGACAGCGGUGUCAUCUGCAAACUUCAGGAGUUUGACAGCCGGGUGCGCUGAGGUGCGGUCGUUCGUGUAGAGAGAGAAGAGCAGCGGAGAGAGGACACACAAAUGUGUGCUGUCGUGAACGUUCUGGUGCUUUUUUAUAUUUGUAAAUUUGCUCACAUUGCAUUCGUUAAUUUGGUUUGAGUUGCUUGGAUUAACCUAAACAACAAAUUACAGUUACUUCAAAGUCCGUCUGGAGCUUUUCAACCUUCAUAAACUGAAACUCACGUUUUGGUGUCUCCGCCACAUUUGCACAGUCACUUUUACAUCAUCUGGCCCUUUUUAUUUGGGAUUGGGAAAUCUUCCUUCGACUGCGACUACAGGAAACAGUGUGUUGACUGUCCUGACUGGAAUACAAUGAAAGGAAACUUCUUUCACUCGUUCUCUCUCUCACACACACACACACACUCACACUCGAGAGGUUCGUUGUUUAAUUUUAAUUGAGUUUAGAAGCACUGAUGGGACACAAAAGAUGUAGUGUGGUUGGAGUGAGCCGUUGCUGUGGCUACUGUCCGGACUUGGAAAAAAAGGCUUUGAUCUCAUUAGCAUUUCAAAACAUGCCCCCUUUUUCCUCCCCCUCGCCCAAGAUUUGCGUCUUCAUCUUCAGCUGUGCUUCUU